AUGGCUUCGCACAAAAUGCUGCUCAAGAAUGGCGUGGCUUUGAUCCAUGAUGCGAACAACCACGUCGUCCCAACCAAAACAGACAUCCUGAUCCAAGAUGGUAUAAUUGCGAAGCUCGGUGAAGGCAUUGAGGCGCCUGGAGAUGCCGAAGUCGUCGACUGUACGGAUAAGAUCAUUAGCCCGGGUUUCAUCGACACACACCACCACGGCUGGCAGACACAGCUCAAAGGCCGCCAUGCGGACCAGCAACUCCUGGACUAUAUGGUUACCGGUAACUUCCAAUCCCUCCAAUACACCCCGAAAGACGUCUUCUACGGCCAACUUGCCGCCAUGCUCGAAGCGCUCGCCGCAGGAACAACUACGGUAGUCGAACACGCGCACAUCACCCGCUCGCCCGACCACGUCAAGCUCGCCAUCGCCGGGAUGGUGUCCUCAGGCAUCCGCGGUGUGUAUUGCUACACGCCCAUGGCGCGCGUCAAGCAGUUCAAUCCCAUGACCUUCCACCAGGAUAUUCUCGCAGACUGGGUAAUGGAGACGUUCGCCGAGCUAGCCGAUCAGGCUCCGUUUAAAAAUGGAAGGGUGAGCUUGGGCUUUGCGUUCGAUCUGUGGUUCCUCGGGAAAGAGAUUGUGAAUGGAAUGUUUGACGAAGUCCGAGAGAAGGACUGCGUCAAGACGAUUACGGUGCAUGGUCCGACCUUGUUCAAUGUGACGCAGAUCACGAAUGCUUUCGGCGUGCUAGACGAACGCAUUCUGAUCUCGCACGGCGGGCACGUCUCCAAGGAAGAAGCGCAGCUCAUUAAGGCAGCGGGUGCCCAUGUGUCUUCGACGCCGAGCACCGAACUCCAGAUGGCUAUGGGGAGGCCGCUAUGCUUCGACGCCGCGUUCCCGGGCGACGGGUCCGACUUGAACCGAGUUGGCGUCCAACAGUGCGCGAGUCUGGGCGUCGACUGCCAUUCGAACAACGCCGGCUCCAUCAUCAGCGAAGCGCGGAUCGGGCUUCAAGACGCGCGGAGCCACUACAACGAGCACUGGAUGAAGCAAGGGAAAACGCCACGCCGGCUUCCCGAGAGCCUGAGCGUUGAAGCAGCCUUCAACCUUGCUACCGUUCAGGGCGCAAAAGCCUGUAGAAUGGAAAAGGAGAUUGGACGAAUCGCCGAGGCCUACCGGGCCGACCUCGUCGUCUUCGAUGCGCUGAGUCCCGGGAUGAUCGGCGCCGCGCAGCAUCAUCCUGUUGCAGCGGUAAUCUUGCAUUCGAGUCCUGCGGAUAUCGAGACGGUCAUUGUUGACGGCGUGGUGAGACGGAACAAUGGGAAGCUGCUGCCCGUGAGCGUCGACGGGACGGCCAAAGAAGUUGUAGUGAAGACUGAACUUGAAUGGGAAGAUAUUGCAAAGGAAAUUGUCAAGAGCGGGGAAAUAAUGCAGAAAGAGAUGGAAAAGAUUGAUGUUGAGGAGGCUUUCGGUGCGGUGAUGAAGCUGUGGCGCGUCGAUGAGAGCACGAUCGUAGACUAG